AUGAGUAAACGAAAGCAAUUUACAAUUGAAGAAAAAGCAAAUACAUUACUACGAUGGUUUAAAAAUCAAAGAAAUUUAUGCAUUCCAAUAAAUGGACCAAUUCUUCAACAGAAAGCCAAUGAAUUAGCUGAAGGCCUUGGUAAGCAUAAUUUUAAUUGUUCCACUGGUUGGAUUCAUAGAUUUAGAUCAAAACAUAAUAUUGUGUUUUCGACAAUAAGUGGAGAAUCCAAUUCGGUCAACACUGAAAUAACACAAAAUUGGCUCGAAAAAGUAUGGCCAAAAAUACGGGAAGGAUACACAGAUGAUCAAAUUUAUAAUGCAGAUGAGACUGGGCUCUUUUUCAAAAUGCUUACAAACAGAACAUUUAAAUUUAAAGGAGAAAGAUGUUCAGGUGGUAAAAUGUCUAAAGAACGUCUGACCAUCCUAGUUACAGCAAGUAUGACUGGAAAAAAAAUGAAACUUAUUGUAAUUGGAAAAUCUCGUAAUCCACAUUGUUUCAAAAAUAUCAAACAUAUCGACUGUCUACCGGUAACAUAUGAAUCAAACUCCAAAGCUUGGAUGACUGCAGAAUUAUGGUCUAAAAUUUUAUUAAAUUGGGAUUUAGAGUUGGGAAGAAAAAAAGAAAAAAUUUUACUCUUAGUUGAUAACUGUCCAGCACAUUCUAAAGUUGUAUUGCGUAAUAUUAAACUUGUAUUUUUACCCAGUAACUGUACGUCUGUUCUUCAACCAAUUUAUCAAGGUGUAAUAAAAUGUAUGAAAACUUAUUUUCGAAAAAGUUUGGUGCUAAAAAUGAUCAAUAAUAUGGAAAAUAAAAUUGAUACCAAUAUCAACGUAUUAGAUGCCAUAUUACUGAUUUUCAAAGCUUGGGAAAAAGUAACAGAGAGUACGAUUCAAAACUGUUUUCAUUAUGCGGGUUUCAAAAAUGCAAUACAACAACAGUUAGUCCAAGAAGAUCAAGAAGAAAUAUGUUUUCCAGAUAUUGAUGAUUAUGUUAACUUCGAUAAUAAUGUACUAACAUCAGAACCGCUUAAUGAUCAAGAACUUAUUUCUUCGUUCAGCGACGCGCCUGAGGAAGACGAAAAUAAUGAAGACGAAAAUAAUGAAGAAGCUGAUACGGCUGAUGAAGAUUUUUCCAUAAAUGCAGUGUUCAAUGCAGUAAAAAAAUUAUCAAAUUAUAUGGCUUUAAAUAACGUAAGUUCAACAAUUAACUUUGAAAAACUAGAAAAAAAAAUAGAGAAUGAUUUCUAUACGAAUAAAAUUCAAACUAAGAUUACGGAUUUUUUUAAUUCACAAUAA